AUGGAUCCCGCCCAUCGACCGGAGGAGGCGCAACGUCACCACUCGGAGCAAUCGAUGCAGUCGACUUUCCAAACGACUACUAGUUUCCAUACUAGUAUAUCCGAGGAGAACAACUUCCAAACUUUCGAAUCAUCAAACUUGAACUAUAGCACCACGGAACAAUCCACCAGAAAUGAAUCGAACAAUGAGGAAUUCCAUACUCACACCGAGUCGUCCAACAACAAUGAGGAAGCCAUCGAAGCCGCUGAAGUCGCCGAACCUAUUUCGGAAACCAUCACAUCGAGCGCUUCAUCCACUGCAUCCCAUGCUAGCGAUGAAGGUCGCUGGGGCGAGAAGGAGGCCGGCGAGCCAGUCUCCCGCCGUGGAGCAAUGGAGGAUUUGGAGGAAAUGCGUCGCGAAUUGACCCGACUGAGUCUGCACCGCACUCGUUCGACAACCGCCAAGAGUGUUAACCGAUUAAAGUCCCGCGCCAGCCAGCGCGUCGACGAGGAGAAGGGAUUGGAGGACGACACCGAUACCGAGGCCGACGAUGGCUUCGAUCUGGGCAAGUUCCUUGUCAGCGGACACCUGGAGCGUCGCACUACUGCCGGCGAUCCUGCGAAGAAAGUUGGUGUUGUGUUCAAGAACCUUACGGUGAUGGGUGUUCAGACUGGUGCAUCGUUCGUUCGUACUUUGCCUCAUGCUGUGGUCGGCACCUUUGGACCGGAUCUGUAUAAUGUCAUCUGUCGAUUUGUGCCACAGGUGCGACUCGGCAAGAAGCCGCCUGUUCGCGAAUUGAUCAGUGAUUUCAGUGGUUCCGUGCGAGAGGGUGAGAUGAUGCUUGUUCUGGGUCGUCCUGGCGCUGGUUGUACUACUUUCUUGAAGACUAUUGCCAAUGAGCGUGAGGGCUUUGCUGGUGUUACUGGUGAGGUUAGCUAUGGUGGUCUCUCUGCUGAGGAUCAAAAUCGCUACUUCCGUGGAGAGGUCAACUACAACCCUGAGGAUGAUCAGCAUUUCCCUUCUCUGACCGUGUGGCAAACUUUGAAGUUCUCUCUUACCAAUAAGACUCGCAAACAUGACCAGGCUAGCAUUCCUAUCAUUAUUGAUGCGCUGCUGAAGAUGUUUGGUAUCAGCCAUACCAAGAACACUCAGGUCGGUAACGAGUAUGUUCGUGGUGUCUCUGGUGGAGAGAGAAAGCGUGUCAGUAUUGCUGAGACUCUGGCUACCAAGUCGACUGUUGUCUGCUGGGAUAACUCCACUCGUGGUCUGGAUGCUAGUACUGCCCUUGACUAUGCUAAGUCGCUUCGCAUCAUGACUGAUGUUAGCAAGCGCACUACCCUCGUCACUCUUUACCAAGCUGGUGAAUCUAUUUACGAGCUCAUGGAUAAGGUGAUGGUCAUUGAUGAAGGCCGCAUGCUUUACCAGGGUCCUGCAAUUGAGGCACGCCAGUACUUCCUUGAUCUUGGAUUCUACUGCUCUGAACAAAUGACAACUGCUGAUUUCUUGACUUCUCUUUGUGACCCCAAUGCCCGUCAGUUCCAGCCCGGUCGCGAAGCAUCGACUCCCAAGACUGCCGAGGAGCUGGAGCAGGUGUUCAGGAAGAGCGAGACCUACAAGCGUAUCCAGUCCGACGUUUCCAGUUAUGAGAAGCGUCUAGAGGAUACACAGCAAGAGGAUACUCGUCGCUUCGAGAGCAGUGUUGCUCAAUCCAAGAGUAAGACUGUCUCUAAGAAGUCUCCUUACACUGUCUCUCUGUCUCGUCAAGUCUCCGCUUGCGUGAAGCGAGAGUUCUGGCUCCUCUGGGGUGACAAGACAUCGCUUUACACCAAGUACUUUAUCAUUGUCUCUAACGGUCUCAUCGUCUCGUCUCUGUUCUAUGGUGAAUCUCUGGAUACCAGCGGUGCCUUCUCCCGAGGUGGUGCUCUCUUCUUCUCUAUCCUUUUCCUGGGCUGGCUGCAAUUGACUGAGCUCAUGCCUGCUGUGAGUGGCAGAGGAAUCGUCGCUCGUCACAAGGGCUAUGCCUUCUACCGCCCGUCUGCUGUCUCGAUUGCCCGUGUAGUUGUGGAUUUCCCAGCUAUUUUCUGCAUGGUCGUUCCAUUCUCCAUCAUCGUCUACUUCAUGGCAGGUCUUGAUGUCACCGCGUCGAAAUUCUUCAUCUACUUUCUCUUCGUCUAUACUACCACCUUCUGCAUUACCUCCAUGUACCGCAUGUUUGCGGCGCUGUCACCAAGUAUCGAUGACGCUGUUCGUUUUGCCGGUAUCGCACUUAACCUGUUGAUUCUCUAUGUUGGUUACGUGAUUCCAAAGCAGACUCUUAUUGGAAGCUCAAUUUGGUUUGGAUGGCUCUUCUAUGUCAACCCUAUCUCAUACAGUUAUGAGGCAGUCUUGAGUAACGAGUUCACUGGCCGACUUAUGGAAUGUGCUGCGAGUGAACUUGUUCCCCGUGGCGAAGGUGCUGUGGCAGGUCAUCAAGGUUGUUCAUUGACUGGUUCCUCUUUGGAUCAGACAUCGGUUCCUGGCUCGCAGUAUUUAGAAGCGAACUUCCAGUUCACUCGUCACCAUCUGUGGCGUAACUUUGGUGUGGUUAUUGCUUUCACUGUUCUCUACAUCCUGGUCACCGUUUGGGCCGCGGAGUUCUUGUCUUUUGUUGGCGGUGGCGGUGGUGCAUUGGUCUUCAAGAAGUCCAACCGAUCCAAGAAGGUUGCCGCUCAGAAUGGUGCAGUCAACGAUGAGGAGAAGGUUGCCAAGCUUAGUGACGACGCUGCUGUCGCCCGUGGUGAGGCCUCUUCUUCUUCCUCCGGAGAUGCUGCUUUCAACCGACUGUCCUCCAGCGAGCGUUGCUUCACCUGGUCUGAUGUUGAAUACACUGUCCCCUACGGCAAUGGAACCCGCAAGCUGCUUAACAAGGUCAACGGAUACGCUAAGCCCGGUGUUAUGAUCGCAUUGAUGGGUGCUUCUGGUGCUGGAAAGACGACUCUUCUCAACACCCUAGCCCAGCGCCAGAAGAUGGGCGUUGUCAAGGGUGACAUGCUUGUUGAUGGUCAUCCUCUUGGCCCUGACUUCCAACGUGGAACUGGUUUCUGUGAACAAAUGGAUCUGCACGACAACACCUCUACCAUUCGUGAGGCUUUCGAAUUCUCCGCCAUUCUUCGCCAGGACCGUGAGAUUCCUCGCGAGGAGAAGAUUGCCUACGUCGACCGCAUUAUUGACCUUUUGGAACUCGAGGAGAUUCAAGAUGCCAUCAUCGGUUCUUUGAAUGUCGAGCAGAAGAAGCGUGUCACUAUUGGUGUUGAGCUUGCUGCUAAGCCCAGUCUCCUUCUUUUCCUAGAUGAGCCUACCAGUGGUCUUGACAGCCAAGCUGCUUACUCCAUUGUUCGUUUCUUGAAGAAGCUGUCCCAAGCUGGCCAGGCUAUCGUCUGCACCAUCCACCAGCCCUCCUCCAUGCUGAUCCAGCAAUUCGAUAUGAUCUUGGCCCUCAACCCCGGUGGUAACACAUUCUACUUUGGCCCUGUCGGCAAAGAAGGCGCCUCUGUGAUCAAGUACUUCGCCGAUCGCGGCUUCGUCUGUCCACCAUCGAAGAACGUCGCUGAGUUCAUCCUGGAAACCGCCGCCAAAGCCACCCAACGCAACGGCAAGCAAGUCGACUGGAACGAAGAAUGGCGAAACUCCGAGGAGAAUCGCGAGCUUCUCAACGAAAUCGAACGCAUCAAAACUGAACGCAGCAAACUUCCCAUUGAAGAAUCUGGCAGCACCAACCACGAAUUCGCCGCGCCAACCAUGGUCCAAGCCGAGCUCCUCACCAAGCGACUCUUCAUUCAAUACUGGCGCGAUUCAUCAUACUACUAUGGAAAGCUCUUCGUCAGUGUUAUCAUCGGUAUCUUCAACGGUUUCACCUUCUGGAUGCUUCCCGACACCGUGGCUAGCAUGCAAGAUCGUAUGUUCUCUACCUUCGUGAUUAUCCUGAUUCCACCCAUCAUCAUGAACUCCGUUGUACCUAAGUUCUACAUCAACCGCGCUCUCUGGGAAGCCCGUGAAUACCCAUCUCGUAUCUACGGCUGGGUCGCUUUCUGUACCGCCAACGUCAUUUGCGAGAUCCCCGCCGCCAUCGUGACCGGUCUUGUCUACUGGUUACUCUGGUACUACCCUGUGGGCUUCCCAACCGAUUCCUCCAGCGCCGGCUACGUCUUCCUUAUGUCGAUUCUGUUCUUCCUCUUCCAGGCUUCAUGGGGUCAGUGGAUCUGUGCCUUCGCACCUUCAUUCACAGUCAUCUCGAACGUGCUGCCAUUCUUCUUCGUUAUGGUUAACUUGUUCAACGGUAUCGUUCGUCCUUACGCCGAUUACCCUGUUUUCUGGAAAUAUUGGAUGUACUACGUCAACCCUGUUACCUGGUGGCUUCGUGGUGUUCUUUCCGCUACUCUCCCUUCUGUACAAAUUACCUGUGCCGAGGGUGAGACCACCAAGUUCACUCCUCCUAGUGGAAUGACCUGUGGAGAGUAUGCGAAUAACUUCGUUCAGAACAUCGCAGGCACUGGGUACCUUGUCAACGAGACCAGUACUUCCGAGUGCCAGUACUGUAUGUACAAGGAUGGUACGGAGUAUAUGGCUGAGUUGAAUGUGCACAUUGGAGACAAGUGGCGCUGCUUUGGUAUCUUCAUGGCCUUUGUCAUUAUCAACUGGUUCCUGGUCUACUUCUUCAUUUAUACUGUUCGGGUUCGUGGAUGGAGCUUCGGAUUUGGAUAUGUGUUUGGAUUGGCUGGUGCGCUGAUUCAGGGUGUGAAGGGACUGUUCAAGGGGAAAAAUGAGGAGAAGAGUGAGCAGUAA